AUGCAGACUAACGCGGAAAUUUCAGACAUGAAGGAGAAUUGCGGAGGAAACCAACACUUGGAAGGGAGCUACAAAGUCAGCAAGGCGACGAAUGGCAUAUAUAACAACGAAAUAAAUUAUUACGAUGAACAUUACGCAAAUAUGAAAGAAGGAAAUGACGCACCGAAAGAAAAUUAUUACCCAAACAGUAUGAACGAAAUGAAUAACUAUGACUCUUCCUUGUUAGCGGAUAAAGAUAAUCAUGAAAAUUCUAUGAGCAAUGAGUAUGACAUGGACACCUUGAACAACGACAUGUUAGCGAACAGAACGGAUAGCUAUGGAGCAAAAGCUUAUGACUGUGUCGUCAUAGACAAUGGCAACAGUGUGGUGAAUAUGAAUGGGACUGUAACAAAUCAGAGCAAAUUGAUGACUCCCAAACUUUUCGGCUACGGAGUAAGUAUGGGGAAUAACUCCUUGGGAAGCAUUGGCAUGGGCCAAAUGGGCGAUACAAAUCAUGCCGGUUUCAUCAACGGAGUGAGUACCAUGAAUACGAUGAGCUUUAUCGGUAAUAUGGGCGUAGUGAACGGGAUGAGUAGCAUGAACGGGAUGAGUGGCAUGAACGGGAUGAGUGGCAUGAACGGGAUGAGUGGCAUGAACGGGGUGAGUGGCAUGAACGGGGUGAGUGGCAUGAACGGGGUGAGUGGCAUGAACGGGGUGAGCAGGCUAAACGGUAUGCUCAGGAUGAACUACAUGACCGGAGAUAACGGGGCCAACCAGGGUGGCAACUUUGGAGGUGCCCAAGCAACGCAUAACUUUUCCCCGAAUGAAAAUCCGAACUUUAUGAACAGCCACUUUUUAAGUAAGUCCAAAAUGUACAGCGGGGGAAGUAACCAUAUGGAUGAUGCAAAUGUUGAAGGGAGUCAUAUGAUUUCCAUGAAUGGACACAUGCAUAGUAACAGUGCGAAUGGGAUGAUCAGCACGAACUUUCAAACCUACGCACCGAUGUACUAUGAGAGGAAUGUGGCUAGUCAGGAUAACAUGAAUAGCAGUCCCUACGAUGAGAAUGCAAAUUAUUUGGCAAACUACGCAAGAAACGAUAUGACCAUGAGAGAUGGACUUCGAAACGAAUCCUUCAAAGAAAGUGAAGACGAAAUUAUGAAUAACUCCGUGGAUGAUUAUUACGAGAAAGGCAAUGAGCAGCAUGGGUUUCUGCAGCAAAGCCAGGAGGGCACUCCGAGGGCGAGCUACCUGCCCUAUAAUUCCGCGUCGUAUGGCGCCAGCGACGUGGGGGGUAACAACUGCAGCAACACCAGCAGCAACGUAAGUUGCAAUAUCAGCGGAAAUAACAACCGCAGUAGUAACAACUAUGUCGUGUCUCCCUAUAUGAAUAAUGCCGAUAGUGGGUAUAUUGACUCGACCGGUGGCAGUUAUGCAUACGAAGUGGAUGCGAACAACGCACUCUUCAUGAACAGACACAAUGGGAAUUUGUGUGAUACCUACGUGAAUGUCAUGAACGGCAUGGGAAGCACCGUUGACGGUGGGAAUUUCAGCGGUAGCCACUCGAACGGCAUGGGAAGCAAUGUUGGCGGUCGGAACUUCAACGGUAACCACUCGAACGGUAGCCACUCGAACGGCAUCGUCGUCAACUGCAGCAACUCGAGCAGCAACAAGAUCAAAGGCAUGAGCAAGGUAGGCGGGAACGGAUGUGAGGGGAUGAACACGAACUCGACGGUCAGCCAGGACACGAUGUUCCCGAUGAACUAUGAAGAGGAUGAAAAUGACGAGGAAAAUGUUGGUCACGAGGAAGGCGGGAACGCAGGCCAGAACGGAGGCGGAAACAGCUGCGUUAAUGGCGGCGUCAAUGGCGGUAGCGGUAGCGGCAACGACGCGCGCGGAUUGAUGUGCGCGCCGGACGAGGGUUUCCCCAAGUACGCGGACAACAAGGGCCUCGUACGCAUUAUGGGCGCCACGUUCGACGCUGCAGAGAAUGACCGCGUAGAACACCCCGAUUCGAUGAUCAACCCCAGCAUGUUGAACCCCUUCAGUUACAACCAGUUCUCCAGCCUAGUCAACAGCUACAGCAGGAGCAGCACAACUAAUUCUAUGAACCGAUCCAGUAUGAACGAUUUUGACAACUCCCCAUCAUAUUCCAAUUGCCGCAAUAUGGUCAUGCAGAGGCAGGAGCAGAAUAUGAAGCACUUCGUUGAAAAUGGAAAAAGCCCAUAUUUAGAACCCACCACCAAUGGGUACACUAACCAUGGACUUGGCGCUAGUUACAACAGGGAUAUAGUGGACCAUAGAAUAAAUGGAAUGAAAAUGGAAAAUGUGGAUUUCCCGAUGGAUGUGAAGGGAAAUGAUGACACGGACAUGGGUGGAAGCAGAGACAGCAGAAUGGGUGCAAGUGGCCGAAUUGGAAACAGCACGAACAGUAGCAGCGAAUUGGAGCACAUGAACAACAACACUAUGGAUAAGUUCACCAUGUACGUAACAAAUGAAGAAGGGAUAUUUAAAAAUGUCAGCUGUAGCACUGAACGGGUCAACUACGCUGAUAUGCAAAAAGGAAAUGGUGAAGACAUGGCUGAGUACAACCAAGAGGCAGAAUACAACCAGAACGAAUCGUAUGAUGUUGGUGUGUACAACGGGGGGAUCAACAAAGAAGAGUUGGAGAAAGAGACCAGUUAUGCUAUGUACAACGGUAAGGAUGUGGACGACACGGAUAUGGACAACGGGGUGAGGCGCGAUAUGGACAACGGCGUGAGGCGCGAUAUGGACAACGGCAUGAGGCGCGAUAUGGAUAACGCCAUGAGCCGCGAUUUGAACGACAUGAGCCGCGAUAUCGACUCCAAUCUUCAGAUGAAUAACUCAGAAAGUUACUCAAACGAAUUAGUGGAUAACGUGCAAAUGAGAAAUCUAGGUACUUACGAAAAUGUGCAUAAUUUGAAUGGGGAUAAUAAUCGGCAUGUGAUGUACAAGGUAGAACAUAAUGUUAAGCUGAACGGAGGAGGGAUGCCCAAUUCUGUAGAGCAUCUGAGAGCAGAAAGCUAUCAGAAGUGUAAAAACUACAUGAACAAAACGGGCGUUGCUCAUAUGUAUGACCCUAAUGAGGAAAUGAAUAACUCUAGCAAUUGGGCCGCUUACCACAUGAGAAACUCGCCGUCGAAAAAUUCCUACUUUCUGUUACCAAAUGGGAACCAGUCCAAUAAUGACCUUACCAACGGGAUGAGUUACGAUGGGGGUAAUGUCAAUGGGAUGUCCACGGAGGAAGGCAUCCGUUCAACCGCUACAAGCGGAGCGGCGGCAACUGCAUCGCCAUCUUCUGCUACUGUGGCCUCCGUGAUGGAUUAUAGAAACAACAUGAACUAUUUCGAAAAUGUGAACAAGAGCAUCAUGUGCAGCGAAAAUGGUUACGAUUAUGUGAACCCCCAUCCCAGUGCACAUAGUAGCUACACCAACCAGUGGAUACAACGAAUGAAGGGUUACGCGUCUGAGGAAAAAAUCCAAGUGCCUAUGAAUCUGAACGGAGCUUACAGCAACAUGAACGGUAGUAACUAUCUAAUGCCGCAUGUCAAUAAUCACGGUGAAAAAUCCAUUAUUCGUGGGUACAGCAGUGUGUACAACACGAUGCUGUCGGCGAAAAAUGGGGAUACUGGUACUCAUACCAGCGUCAACGGUGUGAGUAACCAGAACAGGGAGAAUGAUCAAGUUGGUGGAGGUGGAACAUGUGGUAUGAACAACAUGCACCUGCAGAAUGCACAUCACAGUGGUAAUAUUUUGAACAAUAUGGACCCCCAGAAUAGCCCAAACCAAAACGAUUUGAAUACUUUGAAUAGUCUCAUCUCCAUGAAUUCUGAUACUUCCCUAAAUCAUCUAAACAUGCUAGUCAUACCUAAGAUUAAGGGAGUCCGUUUUGACAAAUCAGGGAGAAGAUGGGUGGCUAGCUGGAGCCAGAAUGGUAACCAAAAGAGGCAGUACUUUCCUGUGAAGAAAUUUGGCCAGACACAGGCGAAAUAUAUGGCCAUUUUUGCCAGGAUAAGGGCUGUCAAGUGCAUGCAGAAGAAGUCGCACGGGUCAGCGGAGAAUAAGAAAAGUCAGUUCAGGAAGACCGUGAUGAAGGACAAAACGAAGGCCGAAUCGAACUUCGAGGGUGAUGGUGAUGGUGAUGACGAUGGUGAUGGUGAUGACGAUGGUGAUGGUGACGGUGAUGGUGACGGUGAUGGUGACGGCGAUGGUGAUGGUGAUGGCGAUGGUGAUGGCGAUGGUGAUGGUGGUGGCGAUGUCGACGUCGAUGUCCGUGGCGAUGUCCGUGACGAUAUCCGUGACGAUGUCCGUGGCGAUGUCCGUGGCGAGAGGGAACUCAUCGACGGGGGGGCCUUCAACUAUGGAGAGCACACCUGCGCCGACCAAAACGGAGGAUUCUACAACCAAGAUGUGAAGAACGAAGCCCCAAACGAAUCGGGGGAUGAAUCUCCGCUGAAGAACUACUACGGAUACCCAGAUGGGCCAUGUGGCCUGACAAACAAUGACAUGCCCAUUAACAACAACGAUGGCACAGACGAUUUGAGGGGUUGUAAUUUUCAGACGUAUGUUCCUGUGAAAUUAUCCGCGAAAGGUGUUGAUGAAGAGCAGGGCGAAGCGAGGAAUGUAUGUAAUAAUGAGGAGGAGCAACAGGAGGAGCAGCAGGAGGGGCAGCAGGAGGGGCAGCAGGAGGGGCAGCAGGAGGGGCAGCAGGAGGGGCAGCAGGAGGGGCAGCAGGAGGAGCAGCAGCUGGAAGAGGGGGACCGAAACCAUGAGUGCAGAGCGACGGGCCGCAGCACCAGCAGUAGCUGUAGUAUGGGAAACGGGACCCAAAUGGUUCGUGACGACACCUAUUGCGAAUCAUUCUGCGAAGAGGAAGCGGUAAAUCAAGAGCUGCAAAGUAUGAAGACAAAAUAUGAAUUGGAGGACCAGCAAGUGAUGUCCAUUCAGGUGCAUGUCGGAGGAGACGAAAAUGGAAACGAAUCGGAUUCCCCUCAGAUAGCCGAGUCGGAGUGGGUGCACGGAUAUGCUGGAAAAUUGGGGAUGUGCCCAGAAAAUGCCAUUUUGAGGGGUGAAGAUCGCGAGGAAGGAGAGCCCAAAGUGAGGGAGGGCGAAGAAAAUGACGGAGAGGCUACAAAUGGAGAUGACUCAAAUGGAGAGGUCUCAAAUGGAGAGGCCCCAAAUGGAGUGGCCCCAAAUGGAGAGGCCCUCUUACGUGGUGCCCACCAUGGUGACGAAAAUCCACACGAGGCGUCUGGAACGGAGAAAAUGAACAAAUUUGAUGAGGAUGGCAACGGGGCGAUGCGAGAUGGUGUACUCGCGGGGGAAGCGUGUCACGAAGGUGGAGAAGCUAACCACGGAGCGGAGAGCCACCAGGACGCCAAUCUUGAGGCGGAAAACUGUGAAGAUGCCAGCUGCGAAGGUGCCGGCCGCGAACAUGUCAGCCGCGAACAUGCCAGCUGCGAACAUGCCAGCUGCGAACAUGCCGAGCUAGGGGAGACAGACCGAGGAAAUCCCCACGCUGACGACACGGAGGGAGAACAAACGGACGGCGAGGACGCGACUGCAGGCGGAGAAAUCCCCCAUGAUGGUGACGACUCCGAAACGGACGGUGAAUCCCCGAACGAAAUGAAGCAUACAAUGAAGCAUUCAUUGAAGCAUAACCGGCUCGUAAAGAAACAGCAACAGACACACGGGAAGGAAAAUGAGGUCAUUUUAAUGAACGUAAAUCUGAUCGAAAUGAAUGGAAUAGUUGAUAUAGAAAAAGCAAAGGAACACACCAACAACGUAGAUGAUAAUUUGUGGAAUCUCAUUCAAGUGGUGGAAAGACUGAAAAGGAAAAAGGUUGAAGUGUUUAGAGAUGCAAAUGACCAAUUCGCAUUGAACUUAACUGAAGAGGUAAUGAAUCAGCUGACCAGUAAAUUGGAUGAACUUAAUGUGAUAAACGAAAAUGAAAAAAUGCGGCUGUUCACGCAGUUGAAGGAAUACUACCUUAGGGAGGCCAACCAAAUUUUCCAUAGGAAAAACGUCAAGCUGGGAAUGGGUAAAAAUGGAAAGAAGGAAGGUGCAAAUGAUGAACAGCGUAACGAUAUGGGACAGGGACAGCUUCAAAUUGAAGAGGGAGGAGAACCGUGCUGUGGGUCGAGUGUGCAAUGUUCGUACAGGGUGAACAACAAAAGUGAGGAGGACGACGUGCCUAGCAUACAUGAAGGGGAAAGGAACGGUCAUAGGAAAAGAAACAACAAUGGGGAGUUGAUGCACCCGAAGGGAAGUGCUGAACCUGAUGAAGACGUGAGCCAUAGUAGUAGUAGCAGUAGUAGUAACCACGUGAGUUGUAAAAUGGGCGCUAAAGUGUAUAUCAAGAAUGGUGACAUCGCGGCAGAUGCAGACUGUGACAGCAACCUGUUAGUCAGUGGCAAGUCUAACAGCGCAUCGGAUGGUGACACCAAUUUUACACAUUCUGCGAACCCCCCAUUUGACACCAUCAUUGUGGAGAAUAAAAAAAGUAAGGACGAACAGUACAGUGGCGAAAGCGCAUCCGAUGGUAUGUCUAAUGUAAACAGAUUUAAAAGACAAAAAAGUGCAGCAUGUUCGGACGUACACACUAAUAUGGAUACGUCGACCCACGCGAUCAGGAUAGGAUGUUAUGACGAAUUAGACAAAAAAGAAGGUACCUUGGGUAACACCUUGGAUGUGGAAAGUUACGAACAUGACGGCGAUGGGGAUUGUGGUACCGACUUGGAAUUGAUAAACGAGGAGACGUACGAGAAGACCAUCGAGGAGGCGUAUGAGCAGGUCAUCGAGGGGACGUACGAGGAGACCAUCGAGGGGACGUAUGAGCAGGCCAUCGAGGAGACGUACGAGAAAACCAUCGAGGGGACGUACGAGAAAGCCAUCGAGGGGACGAACGAACAGACAGAUGUGUCCACGUUGAAUGAGAACGGAUCGCAUAAUCACCUGAGCAGAUACCAUGGCAGUAAUGAAAUCAUGUUCUUUCGUGACGGUACGGAUGGGGAAAUCUCUGCCGGGGUGGAUACGUGCGAGGGGGAUGAUGCUUCUACUGGUCGAAUCGGUAACCAGCAGGUCGCGGGCAUCUCAGACGAAGUGCACCAAAAUGGAGAGCACACAGAUUGGAGCGGUGAUGAACUCCCGGGAAGCACGUGCAGUAGUGGCACAGAUGAGCAAACCGGGGUAGAGAAUCCACGCUGUUUGAGGAAUGAUCUAAUCGCGUCUCACAACUGUGAGCAAAGCAAUCCGUUUAGCGAAUCUGGAGACUCUUUUGAACUUGCCCCUAACAGCGACCCUCCGAAUGGGCAGUUUUUACUUGAACCGUUAAGAAGCAAUCAGAACAGUUAUGCGACAAGUGGGGCCAGUUAUGCGACAAGUGGGGCCAGUUAUGCGACAAAUGGGGCCAAUUUUGCGACAAGUGGGGCCAGUUUCGCUCCAUUUGAUAACAGCAAUGUGUUUUGGGAGAACGACCAAUCUCAGAAUCAGUUCGGUGAUGGGGAUACACGAGCAGACCCGUUCCAACAGGAACCUCCUCAGUUGAGUGAGGCCUUUGGGGAAAGCCAUUAUCUGCACAGUAGCAGAGCUGGAGUAACAAACAGCAUGUGUUUCCCGUCCAAUGGCUAUAAUUCUGUUCACAUGAGCGUACCUUUGCAUGAGACUCAAUACACAGGUGGGAAUGGCGAGCUGUGCAGUGGUACGGACAGUUCAACGGAUAGAAAUGAUGCAUCUAAUGAUGUAUCUAAUGAUGUAUCUAAUGUUGUGUCUAAUGAUGUAUCUAAUGUUGUGUCUAAUGGUGUGUCUAAUGAUGUAGUAGUAGAUACGUUGCCGAGUGAUGGCCCCCUAUCUCCUGUCAAUUUGAGUUACCUUUCGAACGACCAUGUGGUAGCAGAAGGCGGAGAAUAUAACGGUGUGCGCCAAACGGAGAAGAAUGCUCAUCCGAAUGGAAAUGUGAACUUGGGCAGGGAGCUUCAUUAA